AUAGCGGCAGUCUGCAAGAGAAAAAGAGCUGAAGGAGCAGGAAAAGGAGAUCUGACCUCACUCUCUUAACUUAUACAUAUAUAUACACACAUAUAUAUUUGUGUAUAUAUAUACUGAUAUAUAUUUUACAUACACACUUCUACCUGUGGAUUUUUAUUGAAACAACCUCACCUGGACCUGCUGCAACCAUGAUUAAGAAGAUGUCACCCUCCGAGAACGAGUUCGACAUCCCAGCCAAGAACUGCCACCGGAUGGUCAUCCUGGGCUCCACCAAAGUGGGCAAGACCGCCAUCGUCUCGCGCUUCCUCAACGAGCGCUUCGACGACCAGUACACGCCCACCAUCGAGGACUUUCACAGGAAAUUCUACAGCAUCCGAGGGGACGUGUACCAGCUGGACAUCCUGGACACGUCUGGAAACCAUCCUUUCCCUGCAAUGAGGAGACUCUCAAUUCUAACAGGCGAUGUCUUCAUUCUGGUGUUCAGUCUCGACAACCGCGACUCCUUCCAGGAGGUUCAGCGCCUCAAGCGCCAGAUCUUUGAGACCAAGUCGUGCCUCAAAAACAAGACCAAAGAGAACGUGGAUGUGCCGCUGGUCAUCUGCGGCAACAAGUGCGACCGCGAGCUGAGCCGCGAGGUCACGGACGAAGAGAUCGAGCAGCUGCUGGCGGGCGGCGAGCCCUGCGCCUACUUCGAGGUCUCGGCCAAGCGCAACACCAACGUCGACCUCAUGUUCCACGCCCUCUUCUCCAUGGCCAAGCUGCCCGACGAGAUGAGCCCCGACCGCCACCGCAAGGUGUCCCUGCAGUACGGCGACGUCCUGCGCCGCAAGUCCCUCCGCCAGAAGAAGUUCAGGGAGGGCGGGGACGCGUACGGCAUCGUGGCGCCGUUCGCCCGGCGGCCGAGCGUGCACAGCGACCUCAUGUACAUCAAGGAGAAGGCCGUGGGGGGCAACCAGGCCGGUAAGGACCGGUGCGUGAUCUGCUGACGGAAGUGGAGGACCAAGAGUAUCCACGCACCCCCUUUUGUGAGGUGAAGAAAGGAACCCUGCACUGGACCUGCCAGCCUGCUUCGCCAGUUUUUAGUGGCAGCUGCCUGCAGUUCCUUAAACGCAGCCAAAGACAUGCACAGUACGAGUACGGCGUUACGAGGUUCGGCUGCUGUGGGCGACUCAGCCUCUUGUGGGCGAGAGACACUGAGAGAUACAGGAAAAGAGAAAGAAAGAGAGAAAGAGAGAGAAAGAGAGAAAGAUGAAGAACUCUCUGAAGAAACAUGAACAUUAUAAAAGCUUGAAGUUUGCUGUAAAAAGCAAAAGAAGCAAAAUAGAAAAAUGUAAAAAUAAGAAUAAAAAUAAAAACGGACAGACUGUCUCCCUCCGCCAAGGAGAUGUGGAGUUUCUACCUGACUGAGAUGUGAGACAGAUGUGACACUUUAAAAGGAAAAAAAAAAGAAAAACUUGUUUACAUUUUGUUAUAGCCUAUUUUAUAAGAUUAAUGUUUAAAAAAAAAAAAGUCUGUGGCAUUGUGAACAAAUGAUGAUGAAUGAUAUGAAUGUAUAUUUAUUCUUCUAAGUUUAAUUUUAUUAUAAGAAAAUACAUUGGAAAUAAAAUAUUUGUAACUGAA